UUCUUCAUACACGUCGACGUGCUGAAUCGUCAGUCUGACUGCUUCUGUCAGCUGACAAACUUUGCGUCACCUCCAAAAUUUCGGAAGUCGGCGAGCCCGUGGAAUCUCUUCCUUUGCAGACUGACGUCGGGUUGAACCGUCUAUCACAGCAGAACAUGCGUGCAGAUGGAGUCCUUUCACGUGGCGCCUUUGGAUCAACCACUCAAGGAAACUUCACUUCCUUGUGUCCUAACGGGACUGAAUGGGUUUGGGAAGGUCUUGGUGAAUGUGCCCAGGAUGCCAGGGAUAUGGCUAGCAUCUACCUGGGCCUCUUGUCUAUCCUGUGCUUCAUGGCCUCUUCACUUCCACAGUACUACAGCUCAUGCAAAACAGGGAAUAUGGACAGCGCCCUCUCUAUCUGGUUCCUGCUGAUGUGGUUGGGAGGCGACAGCUGCAAUCUGCUGGGCUCCUUCCUGGCAGACCAGCUUCCACUUCAGACAUAUACAGCCGUUUAUUACAUUUUAGCUGACCUGCUGAUGCUGUCCAUGUACUUUUACUACAAGAUAAAGAACAAAAUGAAUGAAAGCAGGAGGGUAUUGCAUGUGCUGGGUGUAGCCUGUGUCGUGGGCUUUACCACGAGCUUCGCCCACCUCCCCGGGUUAGGCACCCAACAGGAAAUAAUUCCUUCUGGGUUCAGAAGCCGCGCCUUACUCUCAACCUCCGACGUUAGCACUAUCAGAGCUUUUACCCCUAAAGAGAUUAUUGGUUUCUCCAUCGGUUCAGUGUCAUCAGUGCUCUACCUCUGUUCCAGACUUCCACAGAUGUACACUAAUUAUAAGAGGAAGUCGACAGAGGGAGUGUCUUUCUUCCUGUUCGCUCUUGUCAUCCUGGGAAACACUACAUACGGCAUGAGCGUCCUCCUGAAGAACCCUGACGAGGGCCAGGGCGAAAGUAGCUACAUGAUCCAUCACUUGCCGUGGCUCAUCGGCAGCCUGGGCACCCUCUCGUUAGACCUCAUUAUCUCCAUCCAGUUCAUGAUGUACCGCAAGUCUCAGGUGGUGGAAGAUGGCCUCGAUGAGAGAACGCCUCUGAUCAGGAGUUAGACCGACAAACCAACAGCGUACUGGUGGGACACGAGCAGAAACUCACUUCAGUGAACCCUCAAAAUCACAAUUCCAGGAAGAAAUGUACAUUUUAGUUUGAUUUUAUAGUUUUAUUUAUUAUGCUCUUUUAAAAAAUGUUUACAAUCUGUUUUUAUCCGCAAUAGUACUGUGAUGGAUUAUGGGUUUUUUUUUCACUUGGGUUCAGCUGCAGUGGCGUGAUUUCACACUGCUCUUAACGUUCAAGUCUUUAAAGGGACUGAUUGAGUGUUUCAGGGUUGGACAUGGAUGGAAACUCCUCCUGUUAACCUGAACUCCAUCUGCUGAUUUUAGGUCACAAACUCAGUUUGAUGUCAGACCUGAUAUAGAUGUCAGAAACUUGCUGGAAGGGAGUGACCAGACCACACAGAGGUCUCUUUUAAAAUAAUUCUGGUGUUUUUAAGUUGCCAAACACUUUUGACAGACACUAACCUCUGAAUGAAGCCCCAUCUGAUCAUGUUUCAGAAUUAACUCCUGUAACAUGAGUCUCAUUUUUGGGGCUUAUAUGAUGUGUCUGAUUGUUAAAAAAAAAAAAAGACAUGUUUUGUAAAACAUUGACAUUUGUAAAUUGUAUUUAGUUCAUUUUAGUUACUUAGUUAAUAUUUACACUAAGUGCUGUAAUCAAAAGACCUUUUUUGAGCAUGUCUGUUUUUUGUGAAUCUUAGAUAUCAUUUAAAUUGUAGCCAUACCGUUUUAUUUUUAUUGAAGUCUUUUUUUUUUCCAAAUACAGUCAUUUGACUAUAUUUGUUUGCACUGGUGAUAAAAGUCACACCACUUAAAGGUCCAGUGUAUGGGAUUGAGUGGCAUCCAGCAGUGUAGUUACGGAUUGCAACCCUCUCGUUUCACCAUCUCCUUCCUGAAAGGGGAACUAUGGUGUCUCUGAAAUGUGCCAAAGAAAAAAUGUAUUAGCAUUGGUCUUAAAAACGCAACAUGUGUUGUUAUAGAACGUGAACUGCUCUUCAUUCCAUUAAAGGACCAGUCUGUAGGAUUACGCAUCUAGCAGUGUAGUUUGCAAUCGCCUCGCCUUACUCUUCUGUUUUAAGCAUGUUGGAGAAAUUAUGCAAAAAAAAAAAUUGGUUUUGUUUGUCCUUUCUGGGCUACUGUAAAAACAUGGCCGACUCUAUGGGAGAGGCGUCUGUAGACACGAAAGACUUUUUAUUUUCAGGUGAUUGUACACUCAUGAAAACAGUUAUGAAUAUUAUAUUCUAUCACUACCACGCUCUGUAAAAGAGCACUUAAAUCUUACACACUGGACCUUUAACACAGAUUUUUCCUACCAGGUUUAAUGUACGGUACAUGUUAAUUUUUCCUUGUCACUGUUUUGCACAAGAAAAAUUGGUUUAGUACUUUGUUUGUGGGGUCAUUGCUGUAAAGAUUAAAAAAAACAACUGAAAAACA